AUGCUGGAGAUUGGCUACUCCACCAACAUUGCUCCCUUGACUCUGGCUGGCCUCCUUUCCAUGGGGAGGAUACUUAUCUCUCUCCCUGGCUGUGGAGCCCAGAUGUUCUUCUCCAUCCUUCUUGGGGAAUCUGACUGUGUCUUUCUUGCUGUCAUGGCCUAUGACAGGUACAUGGAAGUCUGUCAUCCUUUGCAUUACAACCUCAUCAUGAGUUGGAAGCUCUGUGGGCAGAUGACUUUAGGUCUGGGAUUCCUGUUGGUGCUGCCUUUGACCAUUCUGAUCUGCCACCUUUCAUUCUGUGGCCACAGUGAAAUCUAUCACUUCUGUGACACGCCUGCCGUUAUGCGCCUGGCCUGUGCAGACACCCACAGGCACGAGGCAGCUCUCUAUGCCAUCAGUGUGGCCGCUGUGGCCAUUCCCUUGCUCCUUAUCUGCCUCUCCUAUGGCUGCAUUGUGGCCACCAUCGUGAGGAUGGAUUCAGCCCAGGGAAGACGCCGGGCCUUCUCCACUAGUUCCUCCCACCUCAUGGUGGUUCUCCUGCAGUAUGGGUGUUGA